AUGGCCAAAUCUUUCCCAGUACUUCUGUUCUUCAUGCUGAUACAUUUGAUAUUAGACUCUGUAACUAAUUUCGUUUAUGCCUUGGUUUCAGGCCCUCGACAAUGGUGGCCACCACAUGGACCUGUUAAGGUGAAAUGUCCAUUUAGGAAAGUAGACUUGAGUUGGUUCAGAGGAACAGUGAACCCCUGCCCUGGUUUACAUCAACCCAUCUGUGGCACUAAUUUCGUAACCUAUGAAAACCCCUGCAUCUUGUGUGUUGAGAGCUUGAAAUCUCGGGGAAAAAUUAGAUAUGAACAUGAUGGAAAAUGCUAG